GGAAAUACGCCGCACUGCCACGCGGUGGGGUUUAUAUAGGGUCAAGCGGAAGCGUUUAGGCGCCAUUUCACUGCGGAGCUGCUCAGUGGUCUGUCGGUGGAAGUGCAGCGACAGCAACGGCAACGGCAACGGCAACGGCGGCGGUGGAGGAAAAAAUUGGAUUGUAAUAACACUCCGCCUUCAGCCCGAUGGAAGCGGCCGUCAACCCGCCUCACGACAGCUCCCUCGUAGGGUUGUCCAGUGGCGGGAUGGACCAACACAACAGCUCGGGCAAACGCAUUCGCAAGCCCUCCUUGCUGUACGAGGACUUCGAGAGCCCGUCUCUGCCGCACACGAUGCCCCAGGGGCCUCCUGUCCCACCGCAGCCCCCCGUGAAGGAUCCCAGCCGGCUAGGCCGCAUGACCAACCAGCUGCAGUUUCUCCAGAGGACUCUGAUAAAGUUUCUGUGGAGGCAUCACUUUGCCUGGCCUUUCCACGAACCCGUGGACGCAUACAGGCUUAACCUACCGGAUUACCAUAAAAUUAUCAAACAACCCAUGGACAUGGGGACCAUCAAAAAGCGCCUGGAGAACAGUUUCUACCGCAGUGCAAGUGAGUGCAUACAGGACUUCAGCACAAUGUUCACCAACUGCUACAUCUACAACAAGCCGACAGACGACAUCGUGCUGAUGGCCCAGUCCUUAGAGAAGAUCUUUCUCCAAAAGGUGGCCCAGAUGCCCCAGGAGGAAGUCGAGCUGCCUCCUCCAGCUCCUCGAAACAAGAACAGCCGGGGGAGAGGUCGCAAAUCAGCAUCGAGGGCUCAGCAGGUGCCAGCGGUCUCCCAGUCCGCCUACUCCCCUUCUUCCUCGGACACCGGGGAAUCCAUGCUGGCCAACUCUCCCCAGACUGUGCUGACCAAAAGCCUUCCUCCGGCCAACAUCAUGGGCCUGCCUCCCACACAGCCCACAACUAAGAAAAAAGGCGUGAAGCGUAAAGCAGACACAACCACCCCCUCCACCAUGGGCUUAUCUGUGGGCAUGUCGGGAGCAACACACAUGGUGGGCUUGGGCAAAGGAGGACACGGGGGCCAAGUCCAUGACACCUCCAUGCACAGCAUCUCCUCCAUGGGUGGGAUGAGCUUGGAGACUCCACCUGGUAUGGGGCUGGUCAGGAGCCCCGGAGGUCCCGUCCUGCUCCAGCCAAUGAUGGCGGGCACGGGACGCAGAGUGGGCAGCGGACGCCCCAUUAAACCCCCCAAGAAGGACUUGCCCGACUCUGUCCAGGCUCAGCCCUCGAGGAAGGGGAAACUAAGCCCUCAGCUGAGGUACUGCAGCGGGCUGCUGAAGGAAAUGUUGUCAAAGAAACACGCCGCAUACGCCUGGCCUUUCUACACGCCUGUGGACGCAGCCGCGCUGGGACUUCACGACUAUCACGACAUCAUCAAGUGUCCCAUGGACCUCAGCACCAUCAAGAGGAAGAUGGACUGUCGUGAAUACAGGGACGCUCAGCAGUUUGCUAGCGACGUCAGACUUAUGUUUUCCAACUGCUACAAGUACAACCCACCUGACCACGAUGUCGUGGGCAUGGCACGGAAGCUUCAGGAUGUGUUCGAGUUCCGUUUCGCCAAGAUGCCAGACGAGCCGCACAUGGAUCACACGGCCAUGUCAAUAGGCCACCCGACAUCCUCGUCCUCCUCUUCUUCCUCCUCCUCGUCCUCGUCUUCCUCCACCUCAGAAAGCGAGCCGAGCAGUGAGACCGAAGAGAGCGAGAGCAGCCCCAACUCAGACAGCGAGGAGGAGCGAGCGCAUCGCCUGGCUGAGUUACAGGACCAGGUGUGCACGCAACUCCGGGCCGUGCACGAGCAGCUGGCCGCCCUCUCCCAAGGCCCCAUCGUCAAGCCCAAGAAGAAGAAAGAGAAGAAGGACAAAAAGGAGAGGAAGAAAAAGAAAAAGCUGGAGAAGCGGAGAAGCGGCGGCAGAAGCAGAGCUGGCUCUGAGGAAUGGAAAAUGCCCGGCAAGAUACUGAAAACCAAGUCUGCCAGAGCGGGCGGAUCCCAACCCAAGAAAAGCCAGGGGAAGAAGAGUAACAAGAACAGCAAGACCACAAAGAAGCCGUUCUACCCUCCAGUCGCCCCUUCCAUGCUGCCUCACUACGACUCCGAGGAAGAGGAGGAGAUCGUGCCCAUGUCGUACGACGAGAAGCGCCAGCUGAGCCUCGACAUCAAUAAGCUACCGGGAGAGAAGCUGGGCCGUGUGGUGCACAUCAUUCAGUCCAGGGAGCCUUCGCUGAGGGACACCAACCCCGAGGAGAUCGAGAUUGACUUUGAAACACUCAAGCCAUCGACGCUGAAAGAGCUGGAGCGUUACGUCAUGACCUGUCUGAGGAAGAAGCCCCGUAAACCUUACGGUGAUAUAGCAGCAAAGAAGGGCGGCGUGGGCAAAUCUAAAGAGGAGCUGACCCUGGAGAAGAGGAGGGAGCUGGAGAGGAGGCUGCAAGACGUCAGCGGGCAACUCAACUCUGUCAAGAAACCUACGAAGCCUAAAGUGGAGAAGCCCAGCACUGUAGAGACUCACACGGAGCCCACACGCCUCAGCGGCAGCAGCUCCAGCUCCGAUUCCUCCUCCUCCUCAUCCUCGUCCUCGUCCUCAGACACCAGCGAUUCAGACUCUGGUUGAGCUACUUUAGCACUGGCUAAGAGAGAAGACACUAAUAUAAACUCAGGGACUUGGGCUGGCCCAGGACUCGACACACCCUGAAACAGUAGCGGGCUGAGAUAUUAGAUACCAACGGCGGAAAAAUACACACUCCCAAGCGAACUCCUUAAAAUGUUCUGAAUGUGAGACUGAAGGGAUGUGACGCGACGUCUCUGUGGAUAAUCGUAAAAACCCCAAACUCUAAAUGCCUUGGUUUCCCCCUUCCUCCCCUUUGUAAAUACUUGUACAAAUUUAUGUUUCUUUUAUAAAGAAGAAUUUUAUGGUGAUCCCCCAAAGAGGGAAGUGGAGUAAUUAAAAAAAACAAAACAAAAGGAUGUGGAAAAACAGGCCUUACUCCAGAUCUGCUUCGGCUGGCCUUACGCUGUGUCCUCUGGUGAGGGAACGGGAAAGUUUAUUUAUUUGUUUUUUCUUCACCAACAUCUCCUCAAGACAUUACUGGAAUUUGAACCAGCAACCCUUUCGGUCACAAGCCUUGCUUUUCUACCAUCUGACCUUCUGCCAGGCUUAAUUUUAGAUCGACCCCUUCCCCUGCUCCCUCCCCCCCUUUAGACUCAGCCUUAAUCAUUCAGAUUGUUAAACACGAUAUUGUUAAACUCACAGGUCUAAAAACAAAAAAGAAAAAGCCUCUGGUAUCAGCUGUUUUCAGGUCAAAGGUUGACGUUGGUUACAGUUUGAGUUCUGGAUCGUUUCUCUUUGUUUACAGACUGAGCUCUACGCUGCAGUCUGUCCUACAGCCCGUACUUCUCGUUUGUUUCUUUUAGACUGUAGCACAGUAUAGAAAUGGCUUAACGUACUGUAAUCCCAAAAGUUUGCGAUUCAGUAACAACAGUUUGUAUUGAUUUCAAUGGCUGCACUAUUCUCCAAAAAA